AUGAAAGGCAACGAGCUUAACUCCUUCACAUCCAAGGCAUUGACCGGUUCACUUACCAAAAAAGAAGAGGAUUUCUAUUGCAUAGAAAUGCAAGAAAAUACGUUGCCCCCUGCAUCACCCCCUGUUCUCUCGAACACUAUCGUUAUCACGGUACAGCCACAAGGACAAAUUGAAGAAUUAAGAAGACCGAUACCUGUGAACACGUUGGAUUGGAUAUCGACUCCAAGAUCGCAGCUGACCGUACUCUCGGGAAGCCAUUUCUUGGCCAAUGUGGAACAAGUGGAAAUACAGCAGAUUGUUGAUUUAAGCACACUACUUGGUAAGUCGGAAAAAAGAUUCCAAUACAGAGUAAAAGUGCCGAAAGCUGAAACUCUAUUCUUGGCAAUGGAAGAAAAAACCGAGAGCCAGUCAGGCGAAUGGAAUUGUUGCAACUUGAUACGCGAUGAUCUUAUGUUAAAUGUCGUGGACCAAUCUGGCCAGACUGCAUUCGUCAUAAAUAUGGAUUCUAGCCUGACGUGUAUUUUCAAUAAAUUACACAGGAUGACGGUGAAGAGCAGAAAUUUAAUUGGCACGGUGGAAGAAAAUUUUAACAUAAUAGGUUCAAGUUUCACCGUGUACGAUGCUAUACGGAACAAACUUUGUAACAUAUAUGGUCCAAAUGUGUGCGGUUGUUGUAUGUAUCGAGAAGCACAGUUUCAGGUAAUUUCGAUUGAUGGUACUCAUCAAAUGGCAUCUCUUAUGCAUCAGUGGGACAAUAAUAUUCAUGAUUAUGUAUUAUUAAUUACAUUUCCUACGGAAAUGAACACAAAGCUUAAAAGUUUACUUCUCGCUGCAGCAUUCCUUUUGGAAUAUAUGUAUUUUGAACAAGUAAAAAGAUUAUCAUCUCGAAAUUAAUUGUC